UGAUUGGCUGAAAACGGAGUUACCGCUUGUGGGCUGACGCAAGUACGCCACUCUGCAUCUCACCGUCCUCCUGCUGGUGUUGAGGAUUUGUUAAGCUAGCAAGCUGCUAUCGGUCGCUUUGCUCACAACAAGCUGUCAAAUUAAGACGUUAUGCCUUCCACAGAAGUUUAACAAGUGAAGUGGUUAUUCGGAAAAAUACCAGGGACAAUAACAUCACGGUCGUUCAUCCUGUUACUUUGGCCUGAGGGGAAAACAUUCGACUGAGACAGAUCCGGGAACGCCCUUAGAAAAAAUACACUUGUUAGUCUAUUAGUGAGUAACGUUAGGUAGUACAGUUCUCACGAGGCAGGCAAGACGUUUGAGAAGUCUGGACGUUUCCUCGGGCUGAGUAAGCUUUUGCAGCAGCUAAAUUUGUAAUUGUAAUCCGAUAAAGAGCAUUAGCUAGUUAGCUUGCUAAGGUUGAUUUCAGACUGACAGAAGAGUAAAACUGCAUUAUCAUCGGUGACGCGAGGUAACUAGAUUGUCUGCACGCGGUCAGAUUUCUCGCAAAAAUGAUGCACAUUUCGGAUUCGUACAAUCAAAAGAAUUCAUUGUUCAAUGCAAUGAACCGAUUUAUUGGUGCUGUGAAUAACAUGGAUCAGACGGUGAUGGUUCCUAGUCUGCUAAGAGACGUGCCUCUAGACGAGGAAGAAGAGGUGAAAACGAUAUCACCGAUUAGGACCGCCAGCAAUGGGUCAACCACCUAUUUCCAGGACGGGGACAUGUACAAUUACUAUGUGCUAUUAAAAUCGAUCAGGAAUGACAUCGAAUGGGGGGUCCUACAAGCCGACGACAGGCGGAAAGAAAAAAUGGGGGUGACCGCGUUGGACAUAUCCAGAAUAGAAUCCGAUGAUGAUGAUUUGGAGAAACAAUUUCAUUAUCAUUUGACCGGACUACACACGGUUCUGUCCAAGCUUACCCGGAAAGCAAACACCCUCACGAACAGGUACAAUCAGGAGAUUGGAAUAAGGGGCUGUGGACUGUGACUACUAGAAAGUUGAGUGUGUCAGACGAUAACAUCAAAAGUCAUUGGUGAACAGUGGAAUGGGGGGGGGGGGGGGUCCUAGUGAUAUCGUUUGUAUUUAUUCCCACUGUAAAUGUAACCUACUAGACGUUUCGUAUGCGUUGUUAAACAUUUCCCAUCUACUGUUUGAAUGAUUGUUUGCACUAAGUCUUGUGUAUUAUCGGAUUAUUGUAUGGAUGGUCUGUCCACAAACAUUUGUUGUUGUUGAUUGGGCAACAUUGCAUAAUGCCUACUGACAGUGAUUUCAUAUGUUAUGGUAGCAAUGAGUCAUUGCCAUACCAUUGACUAAAUCAUAUGUUUUUAAUAAUCUGUGAACUGGAAUCAAAUGAUAAUUAUUUUGAAUUUGAGAGAUUCCAAGAGAUUAACACCAACUGUAAACCUUAUUUAAGCACUGUUUUAUUUUUCUAUAGAAAUGACAGCUCAGCGAUUAAACAUCUGCUUAUUGUUAUGUUGUGAUCAGUUUAUUUGACACAGUCACUGGUUUAUUGAGAGGUACACAACUUCGGCAUGAUAGUUUUGUGACUUGAUUAAACUGUAAGAUUGUGA